GGCGCUUCUCCCCACGCAGUGGGGGUCCCGAGGUUUCGUCUUUGGGGCUGCUCGGCGGAGCUCCGCCCUUGAAUUCGGGUGGUGCUGGGGACCCGGCUGCUCAGACCCGGAGCAGCUUCUGCUGGAGACCUUGAAAACCCACCUGGACGACUUCUGUGUCAUCUGCUCCAGCUGACCCUGCCUCGGCAGGGAGUUGGACUGGAUGAUCGCCAGAGGUCCCUCCCAAACCUAACAGUUCUGUGAUUCUGCGUGUCCCGAGGCCGGAGCCAACAGGACCAGCAUUGUGGAGAAGGUUUAAGAUAAAUAGUGUGCUACCCCCUGGAACAAAGGCAUCCUUCUUUAUGCUGCAGAAAUUUGAAUCACAGAUCAGCUUGAGUUGAAAGGGACUUUAAAGACCAUCUAGGCUGGCCUUGAACACAUUCAGGGAUGGGGCAUCCACAGUUUUGCCAGGCAACCUGUGUCAGUGCCUCAGCACCCUCAGAGGAAAUACUUUCAUCCUUCUAUCUAAAUCUGCCUUCUGUCAUUUUAAAGCCAUUCCUCUUGUUCUAUCACUAGAAUUCUAUUGCUUUGUAAAAAGUCCCUCUCCAGCUUUCUUGUAGGACCCCUUCAGGUACAGACAGAAAGGCCUGAAUAAUGUCACCCUGGAACCUUCUCCACGCUGAAUAAUGCAAAUUCUUCCAGCCUUUCCUCAUAGAAGAGGUGCUCUAGCCCUCUAAUCAUCUUCAUGGCCUUUAUGUUUGUGUAGCAGAGUUGAUUGUGGGGGGGAAAGUCUGGUUUGUUAGCACAUCCCAGGAGCCAGGCUGCUCUUUUACAUGAGCUAAUUAACCCCUCUGUUAACAAUCUGAGUGCAACUGAUAAAAGCAUUAAGUCAUGGUAAAAAUAAAGCCAGCAGUUGUAACCCAGUCCUCAAAUGAGGACCAGUGAACAGUCAGGGUGCCAUCAAUACACUCAUGGCUCUGCUUGCCUCCAAAUCACCCACUGUACAAAAGUGGAGACUGUAAGUGUUAAUAAAGGCUGCAUUUAAUACAUAAGGGCGAGGCCACUGCCAGUAUCCCUGACAAGAGAUCUUAAUAAUAAAAAUAGGCAGCAUUUAUUUUCCUUAUGUAUAUGAUCCAUGCUCAAUUUCCCACCAUCAGUUUAAGUGUAUGAAGGGGUCAUUUUGAGUCUGGGCAGAGUGCCAGGGGUGAGCUGUGCAAAUAUAUAAAUCUAUAUUUUAUUAAGAAUCCAUCCUGGAUUUUAGCUAGGCUGUGGAAUUGCAUGCUGUCUAAAGAGGAGGGACUAAAGAUCACCGAGGAGAAAAGACUGAUGAGGAGAAAAGGCAAGCAAGACAAAAGCAGACCUGGAAAAGGCAGAAAUAAGUGGUUGUGUGUAGGAAAUGAGCCUGCCAGGUAGAAGUAGGACAUGCUGGUUUACAGAAGUUGGAAGAAACUCAAUCCUGUUCAGGCUCCUCAGAGAUGAAGGAGCCAGAGACCAAAUGGAUUUCAUAGAAGGGAAUUCUUGCAGCUUUGAAGGGCUUCUCUAGCACAGGAGUAGGGAUGUUUGUGGAGUUUCGAGUUGGAGCCUUUGCAUUUCCUGGCCAAGUCUCAGAAUUCCCAAAGGGAGGCACAGGCCUCUCAUUCAUGAACUUCUGAAAAUCACAGAAGAGGUCAUAGCUGAAGUGUGAAGCUCUUGUGACUAGUGCAGGGCACAACUCAGAGUGACAAAAACCCUGGGAUCUCUCAAAGUCCUUGGGCUGCAUUAACACAAACAGCACUCUUGAGCACAUCAUCUUAAAAAUCUCCUUGCAAGAAAGUUACUGCAAAUCCCUCUAUCCUUUGGUGCCACUUGGAAUUGAAAGCUUUUCCUUCACAUCUCUGGCAGGUGUGGCAGCUUCUGAGCAACCACUGCAGGUGAGAAGAUGUCUCCAGCCUGUUUUCUGCUUCUCCAGCAGCUGUUCUCAAGGUGCAGCCUGGAAUUGGAGCUUUAGCAAGUGUUGGGAAGAAAGAGGCCACACGCUGUUUGUCCAAGGCAACUGUUCCAGCAUGUCUGCAGGAUGACAGGAACCGUGGGGAAGGGCCUGGUUAGAAUGUGAUUAAAGAGAUUGAAAACCUAGAAUGGCAGGAGAACAGAAGCCGUCCUGCAAUCUUCUAGAGCAGUUCAUUUUACUAGCCAAAGGAACAAGUGGCUCAGCUCUGACUGCUCUUAUAAAUCAAGUGCUGGAAGCUCCUGGGGUUUAUGUCUUUGGAGAGCUGUUGGAGUUAACAAAUGUGAAAGAGCUUGCUGAGGGGUCUAAUGCUGCUUAUUUCCAGCUGCUGAACCUGUUUGCUUAUGGAACUUACCGGGACUAUGUAGCAAACAAAGAUAACCUGCCUGAAUUAACAGCGACUCAGAAAAACAAGCUGAAACACUUGACGAUCGUAAGCCUGGCUUCCCGAAUGAAGUGCAUUCCCUAUUCUGUGUUGCUGAAGGACCUGGAUAUGAGGAAUCUGAGGGAGCUGGAAGAUCUCAUUAUUGAAGCGGUUUACACAGAUAUUAUCCAAGGGAAGUUGGAUCAACGAAACCAGGUGUUAGAGGUGGAUUUUUGUAUUGGCAGAGACAUUCAGAAGAAGGACAUCAGUAACAUUGUCAAAACACUCCAGGAAUGGUGUGAUGGCUGUGAAGCAGUUCUUUUAGGAAUUGAGCAGCAAGUACUUAGAGCCAACCAGUACAAAGAGAACCACCACCGAACUCAGCAGCAGGUAGAGAUGGAGGUCACAAACAUAAAGAAAACAUUAAAAGCUACAGCCUCGUCGUCGGCACAGGAGAUGGAACAGCAGCUGGUAGAGCGAGAGUGCCCUCCACACACAGAACAAAGGCAGCCCACAAAGAAGAUGUCCAAAGUCAAAGGGCUGGUCUCCGGCCGUCACUAGAACAUGCCAUCUAAAUGUCAUUCAGUUAGGAAUGACAACAGGAGGAGCAAAAAGGGCCUGUGUCUCCUUUUUCAGUGGGUUCUGGGCCAGUCCCCUCCCAGCUGGCAAGUAAAAGUCCUGUUUGAACAGCUCCCAGUUAGCAGCAUCUGGCUAAGUUACACUGUGCAGCUCCUAUGAGUUUUCAGGGUGUUCCUGUUCUGGUCCUGUUAAGAGGGACUUUUAAAGAAAGGGACUAACCAAAAGGGGCAGGAAAAAAAACAAAAUAUCUGUGGACCGUUUUGCUCCCUCCCAGCUAGUUCAUUGCUGCUUAACCUUGAGGAAGCUGCUCUACUGAAUCAGAUCAUGGGAGAGCUUCUAUAGCAAGCAUGUGAAUCCCAGUUGAAGUGUGGCUACCAAAGCCAGGCUGGGAGCGAGGAAGCCAUCAACACAGAUCUUUUUAUUCCCAAAGGGAGCACAGGAAGGUUUCUAGGCCAGGAACUGCUUUACAUGGAAGCCUUCAGCCUUUCCACUACCCCUGUCUAUUUUAAACUGGGGUGAAAUUCACACUACCUCGCUCUGUGAAGAUGAGUUCCAGUGCUGGGCUGUUUACUUAACUGUCUGUUUACUGCCCUUACUAAGCCCUUUAAUCUCUCACAGAUUUAAAGCACUGUUCUGCAUCUCUGAGGCAUCAGUACAAUAAGGAGGAAGCAGGCUGCUCUUUCACACAGACUUUGCAGGUGGUUAGGGCAUGCUAGGAACUAUUCCUCCUGAAUGUGAUGUGACCUCCCAGAGCUGCUUGUGAAUUGUUUCCCCCAUUGAUACCUUCAAAAGGUAAUGCAUUCGCUCUUCCUUGGAUGCUGGGGACAGUGGGAGAGGAGCCUGUUUGGCAUGGAGGCAGGCUGGUGGCCCAGGACCCACUGGCAGGGGUCGCAGCAGCAUCCCCUUGCUGAAGCAAUGGACUUGACGAGUCUUUCUGAAUUUUCAACACUUUCAGGUUGUAUUUUCCUCCCUCUUUUUUUUUUUUUUUUUGUACAUUGUGAUUCUAAAGCAUUUCAGCCUUUGUUUUGUGGGGUUUUUUUAUUUGUUACAAAUUAACUUCAGGUGAUUUGCACCUAGUUUGGCACGGUGUGGGGUUUUUUUUAAGGGGGAAGCAUUGGAACAGCAAUUCAUAAAAGUACAUUUAAAAAAAAUUAAAAAUGCUGAUUUAA